UUAGAAUUAUAGAAUUAAGUAAUUUUCAUUCUUUAUUACCAAUAUUAUAUCAUUGUGUUAAAUUAAAAACUCUUGAAUUAACGGAAUAUUUUGAAGUUGAAGAUUUAUGUGAACUUUAUAAUUCUCAUAUUUCUUUACCUCCAAUACAUAUUGAAAAUUUAUUAGCUUAUCAAAUUGAGAUGGAAAGGAAUAUACAAAAUUUUGAAGAUGCGAUGGCAAUACUUAUUAAUUUAUCAAAACAUAAAUUAGAAUCUCUUACAAUGGAAUUUGUUACUUGUAGAACUAUUUCUUUUUUAAAAUUAAGUUGUCCAAUUAAUUUAACUUAUUUAUCUUUAAAAAUUUCAACUUUUGGUUUAAUUAAAUUAUAUGAAAUAAUUUCUUUAUUAAAAUUACUUAAAACUUUAAUUAUUAUUGAAUCUGGAAGAUAUGAGGAUCCUUUAUCACCUGAAUCUUCAAAUAAGAUAAAUCAAUUAAUUAAAUUAGCGAUUUCGAUUCCAAUUUCUUUAACCCGUCUUGGAAUAUCAUUUUUAGUUGAUCUUACCGGUUAUGAAAUGUUUUACAAAGAAUUUUCUGUACCUAUUCAAGAAUUAGAUAUUUAUAUUUCAUUGGAUGAUGAUCAUUUGAAAGGAAUUAUUUCUUAUGCUGAAAAAAACAGGAAUUUAAAAAGGGUUGGAAUUAUGAGAUUUAAUCAUUCUUGUUUAGAUGGUCAUAUUUCUAAUGAUCUUUAUUUAAAAGCAAAAUCCUUAAUACCUAUUAUAGGUGAAACGAAAAAAAUCAAGCAUUUUGUUAAUAGAUAAAGAUUAAUUAUUCAUUGGGCAGGUUAUUGGCAAAAGAAAUUUCAUUGGCAAAGAAAUUCAUUGGCGAGAUUGGUCCCAAUCAUUCCUAAUAUAAGUGUGAUAAAAUAAGGGAAAAAAAAAGGUGUUUUAAAAAAAAAAGGUGUUUUU